GCCGGGCUGUAAAUUAGUGCUCGCCUGCCGCCGGAGGCAGCGCCCGCUACCAGCUCUGCCCUGCCCGACCCGGCCCGCCGCUGCCGCCGCCUCUUCCUCCUCUUCCUCCUCUUCCUCCUCUUCGUCUUCGCACCGAAUCUCCGGAGCCAGCGGGCCAUGGCGGACAGGAGCGAGGUGCAAUCUCCUCAUGCUCCUGGCCAUCAUCACCACCACCACCACCACCACCAUCAUCACCAACAACAGCAGCAGCUGCAGCAGCUACAGCAACAGCAGCAGCAGCAGCUACAGCAACAGCAACAGCAGCAUGCUCCACCGCCCAGCCUGGUGCGGAUGGUGAAGUCGGUGAUCCCCGUGCUGCCCUGUGCCACCGUCUCCACAGCCCUGCUCGGGUGGAUCAUGUUCUACCUGACCUGCAGGUACAAGAUGUUCGAUGAGCACACCUUCACCCUGGGCCACUUCACCAGCCGCUUGCAAGUGUACAAGUUGUUUAGUUAUGUGUUCAUCCAUAAGAGUAUGAGCGCGCUGGUGUGCAAUGUUCUUAUGCUGUGGUAUUUCGGUGGUGCUAUGGAGAAGAGCAUCGGAACAGUAAAGUACGCAUACCUCACUCUCCUGUUUACAGUUCUGACUGGAAUCAUCUAUGUCCUCAUUGGUUCAAUGAUUUUUGGACUGCAUAACCUAAAAGAAAUUCAGGGAUUUACUACACUCGUUUUUGCCUGCGUGGGGAUGUCUGUAUUUCUGUCCCCUAUGAAGUACAUUGUCUUUAUAACAACUAUCAAAUUGAUUUACCUCCCAUUCAUUUUACUUGCCAUUGCAAUUUUCAUUCCGGAAGCAUCGAUCAUUGGCAAUGUUUGUGCAUUGGGAGCAGGAGUUGCAUAUGUUUAUGGUCGACGGUUCUUUCCUUAUCUGGAUUUGCAUGAGAUGACUGCUGCAUCUAUGGAAAGGAAUUUUCCUUUUACUUAUCUGAAGGUUAUACCAGGGAUCACAUUUUAUUCAGCCUUGUGGGAGGUGAGAAACGUCGAAAUAACUGACAGGUGCAAUCCUAAACCAGGGUCCUAUCCCACACAAACCUAUUACUUUCCUCCAGCCACUGACUCCCAGUGCAACCAAUAUUCGAAGAUAUAUUGGUCUGGACCUGAGCAGCAACAAAAUCCUAGUUAUGGUCUUGAAUAUGUUCCUAGACUUAAAUAUGAUGCUGGAUAUGGACAGAACUAUAAUCUUGGCUCCACAUCUGGACAUGGACACAACCACAAUGUUGGACACACACCUGCGUAUGGGCACAGCCACGAUCUUGGACACACACCUGGGCAUGGGCACAGUCAUGAUUUUGGAUGCACACCUGGGCAUGGGCACAGCCAUGAUCUUGGAUGCACACCUGGGCAUGGUGACAGUCACGAUCCUGCCCAUAAUCCUGGACAUACACAUACUUGUGAUCAUAAAGGUGAUUACCAAUAUGCUGCCAAGGUACCGUUCAAUUCUCCUGGGCUCCAACAGAGUUAUGAUCCGAGUCCAUCUGUUAGAAAAGACUUUGAAGAUUCCUGUUCUGUGGUCAUGAACUAGGUCCUUAGCUGGCGCCGACCUUUGCAAAAUGUAGAGUUCAUGCCACCAUCAUGGAAUCACCACUCAAUGCCAAAGAUGCCUUUUUUUUUUAAUUUUUAGAUUGCCAAUUGUCAGAUAAUAGAAAUGCAAAAUUUUCCAAGUGCUGGUUCAAGCCAAGGUGAUAGUAGAAAAGUGUGUAUUGUUUCAUGGUAAGUUAUAUCAUUGGCAUCAAAUUCAGUGUGAAAGACUUGAAAGCCUACAACUAUGUAUGUACUAAAUACUGGUGUUAAAAAUUUUGCUUUUUUAUACUUUGCACCUUCUGGUUGUUUUAACAGUCAUUAAUUAUUUUCUGAUUGUACCUGUGCUGUAAUUAUUACUGUUAGCACAGGUGGGAACAUUAUUUUCUGUUUGCAAAGUAUCAUAAAAUGCAUCUUGUCUUAAUAUAGGCACAGUGUGCAUUUCAAUCUGCACUGGCAAUGCCAAUGCACCAACAUUAAUACAGCUAGGGUAACAGAGCAAUUGAGGGUUGUGAAAUGGCUUAAUUUAUACUUGGUAAACAUGCUGAUUAAGAAUUGACAGUUGAUGGGUCAAGAUGUCUGAAGGAUGUACCUCCGGCUAAACUAGUCUUGAGUUUGAGUCUUAGAACUGCUGUAUGUUUGAACCUGAUUUGCACUAUUGGGAAAUGAUUUUGAGAGUUUUGACUGUUAAUCGGGCAGGCUAGCACAUGUACAAUAGCAAGUAAGGUAUGAGUGGAAGAGAAAUGCUGAUCUUCCAAGUACCUCACCAAGUGGGAUCGACAUUGUGGAGAGCCCCAUCUUUACUGUUACUGUUACACCUUCUGUCUAGCCUUAUAUUAGCCAGGCUACUGGCCGAAGGUAAGAAUACAGUGGCAAGGAUUUUCUUCAACAGUGAGGGAGAGAGAAAUGUGAUGACAAGCUAUCUUGGCCUACUAUUCAUUAAAUGAGAAUAAACAGAGUAGGUGAACUUGCCAAGGGAGAGAGAACAUUUGGAAGAACAGAAUUCGAGUGCAAUUUGUUCAAAACAAUAUGCCAAUUGUUUUUACUCUUAUGUGACUACGACUUGAAAUAUGAAUAAUUGUGGUCAUCAUUCCACAUUCUCUUAUACUUUCUUGGUUGCUUAAUUAAGUUGUGCAGAUGUUGAGGGUCAGAAAUGAGCUGAUGUCUGCUUGGUUGGGUAAUCUGAAAUUAAAGCACUGUUCAAAGCUUGUAUUAUCAACUGAAGCUACCUGGAAAUUAGUAGAAACAAAGAUGUUAUUAGAUACCUCAACAUGUUCAGUGGCGCAAGUCUGUGUGGGUGACAAAGAUAAAGUGCUGGAAGAACUGACUGGGUCACAUAAGAUUGUUUUACACUGACCUUUACAAUGAUCACACCUAGCUUUACCACAUUGCCACUUCUCUUUCGGAUUCUCUGUCCCUGAUUUGUCACAUUGCUUAUUUGACAACCAACAGUGGUGCAUGUACACAUAUAUCUCCAACUACAUAUCGGGAAUACUGAAGCCAUUAACUUUUGUCCUGUCAUAGACUCUGUUCUCAACCUGUUGACCUCAUUCCUCUCCCUGGUAACUGCCUGAGGUUUAACCAGACCCUUUGCAACCUUGGUGUCAGAUUUGAUCCCUGGUUGAGCUCAAGACCACCUUUCUCUAUCUCCAUACCUUUGCCAAAGACUCAGUUCACCUGUUGUUGAAACCCUCAUCCGUGCCUUUGUUACAUCCAGAUCUAAUGUUUUCAGACGUCUACUGUCCAAUUCCUAACUCACACCAAAUGCUGGAGAUCACAGCAGGUCAGGCAGAAUCCAUGGAGAGACAGCAAGCUAAUGUUUUGAGUCUGGAUGAAUUUUCAUCAGCUCUGAUAAGUGUUAUCUAGACUCAAAACGCUAGCUUGCUGUCUCUCCAUAGAUGCUGCCUGAUCUGCUGUGAUUCCCAGCAUUAUUUAUUUUUCAGUACAGAUUCCAGCAUCUGCAGUAAUUUGCUCUCUCACACCAAAUUCUGCCCUUCCACAUACUCGCUGACCUAUGUUAACUCCUGAUGCACCAACACCUGGAGUUUAAAAUGUUCAUCUUUAUUUUCUCAUCCGUCAAUGGCCUCACCCCUCCUCAACUCUGUAACUUUCUCCACCCCUAUAACCUUCCAAUUCUGGCCUUUUGCACAUCCCCAAUUUUAAUUAUGUUCCGUUGCUGGUGUGUUUUAGAUACCAAGAUCCUAAGCUGUGAAUUUCCUCCCUUCAAUUUCAUCACCUCUCAACCAAUGCCCUCUGUAAAGAUUUUAAUUGCACAAAAGACCUAUAUAUUUGAAUGCAUUGAAAAUUAUUUUGUUGGAUCUCACACUUGCGGUAUCUGAAUGGGAACAACAUUUGGGAACAUUGCUGUAAACUUUUAAGAUGCUGCUGAAAACAUUUUGACUACUUUUUGGUCAUUUGUUCUAACAUCUUGUAAUAUGUAUCUUCUGUUUUAUAAUACAUACUAAAACAUUUUACGACAUUAAAGAUGGUAUAUAAAGUCAA